AUGGUCGAAGAGGGCCCCAAGGCGCGCAAGAAGUACAUGCAAUUGGAGGCAAAGACCAAGCGCAUACCACAAGAGCAGAUAGAUACCUGGCCACAGGUCUCUGCUCAAGUGCUAGAGCAGAUUGUCGCCGUCGUACGGGACGCCAAGAAGGAUAUCGCGAACACGCAACGAGACGAGCGCAAAGUCAUCGCAGCCCACAACACGCUGAACCCACUCGUAAAGAAGCUCGCACGUCAUUUAGCUGCUUCUCGGAUACCCCCGCAGGCUAAAGAUAUACAUUUCAAUAUUGACAAGCUCACCGAGCGCAAUGCCCAAGUGUCGCGGGAGGUCACAACAGCUCGGCAUUCGAAACAGCUGCUUACUGAGCAGGUCAGGGUGGCUGAGCAUAUGCUGGAGAAGGACGAGCAAGUUUUGGAACAGCUGAAGAAGGACACGAAGAAGUGGAGGACCGAGUGGAAGCACCAGGAGAAGCAUGGACGGAUCCACCCUCUCCUGCUAGAAUCCGAGAAGACCGUGGUCCUUCGCGAUGGCCCUGACGACAUAUGCCUGAGGCCAACGCCACCAUUGGAUACUGCACUGCUGGCUGCCCCUGAUGCCGAGCUAGCUCCUGUGCUCGAACAACUGCAGCGAAGUCUGGAGAACAUGCAGGGUAACCAUGCCCAUGUGGACGGCGUCCAUGGCGCACUGAGGGACACGCAGGCAGCGUUGGACGAGAUUCUGUUCAGGCACGCCAGCGCACAGCAGUACGCAACACUGUGA